ACUCUGUACUUGUUAUUUACUUCCUACAUUAGUUCCUACGAUAUAAAUACAGUGAAUGCACUCUGUUCAUCCUCUGCCUUUCCUCCCUGCGCCCCCCUCUCCGUUCGCAAUUCUAAUUAAAUUUUAAGCUUCAAACAAAGAUACUCUACUCCUAAAAGAUAAAGAUGGAGGACAUAGGUACUCCAGCAGAAAAUGGGUACUGGAUGCCUGCUGAAUGGGAACCCCAUUCCCAUUGUUGGUUAGGAUGGCCGGAACGGCCAGAUAAUUGGCGAGAUAAUGCAGUCCCUGCUCAGAACGUAUUUGCGAAAGUAGCAACUGCAAUAUCAAAAUUUGAGCCAGUCACUGUAUGUGCUAGCCCUACUCAGUGGACAAAUGCAAGGAGUCAAUUACCUCCUAAUGUCAGGGUUGUAGAAAUGAGUAUGAAUGAUUCCUGGUUUCGUGAUUCAGGACCUACUUUUGUAGUAAGGAAGAAUGUAUCAAGUUUAGGCGCUCCCUUGAAAAGUUUAGCUGGAAUUGAUUGGAAUUUCAACAGUUGGGGCGGAGUUGAUGAUGGCUGUUAUACGGAUUGGAGUCAUGACAUCCUUGUUUCAAGGAAGAUUUUAGAAAUUGAGAAAUUGCCAAGAUUUCCUCAUUCUAUGAUCUUAGAAGGCGGAAGCAUCCAUGUUGACGGGGAAGGAACUUGCCUCACCACUGAGGAAUGCCUCCUAAACAAAAACAGAAACCCUCACAUGAGUAAAGAGCAGAUAGAGGAUAAUCUUAAGGAAUACCUCGGGGUCCAGAAGAUUAUCUGGCUUCCACGAGGAUUACAUGGCGAUGAUGAUACUAAUGGUCAUAUAGAUAACAUGUGCUGCUUUGUGAAGCCUGGGGUGGUGCUAUUAUCCUGGACAGAUGAUGAAUCAGAUCCACAUUAUGAACGAGCCCUUGAAGCCUUGUCAGUUCUCUCCAAUGCCACAGAUGCCAACGGUAGAAAAUUAGAAGUAGUGAAACUUCAUAUCCCCGGUCCAUUGUAUAUGACAGACGAGGAAUCAGCAGGUAUCAUCCAGGAUGGUGAGGCAAAACCAAGAGAGCCUGGUACUAGACUUGCUGCAUCUUACGUAAAUUUCUACAUUGCCAAUGGAGGGAUUAUAACUCCUCAAUUUGGAGAUAAGAAGUGGGACGAUGAAGCUGUUCGUGUUUUAUCAAAAGCCUUUCCAGAUUACGAGGUAGUAAAAAUCGAAGGUGCAAGAGAAAUUGUUUUGGCAGGCGGUAAUAUACAUUGCAUUACCCAACAGCAGCCAGCUACGAAGUAAACUUUAGCAGGAGUGCUACGAGUUGAGAGCCUUCCAUUACCUGUUAUUUAGUUUACCUGAAGCUUGGCUUCGGGUUGUUUCCCCUUUUAAUAACAAGAAGCGAACAAUAUACAUUGUAUAAGGCGAUCAUUUUAGGACGGAUCUGGCUGAUCUAUACUAGGACUAAUUUUUUCUUACUAGUCCUAUUACUACUCCUAUAUGCAUGCGAUACUUGCAUUAAGUAUGGAAAAUUAAAGCAGUUGUUUGUUUUAAACACUAACUUUUAGUGUUAUAUAUUGAAAGUGAAACAAUGCGAAAGUGCUCAUAAUCUUAUAC